GGGCUGCCGGGAGAGGGCGGAAGUAAACAUUACGCGUUUGGCUUCGUUUUUGAUCGGAUGGUUUUCGAGUGAUCUUGUGGCCGCCGGAGUGGCGGAGUCCACAUCACCAUGUCAGCAGCAGCUGUGGACGCAGUUAAUGCUGCACCCCUAUCGGGGUCCAAAGAAAUGAGUUUGGAGGAACCAAAGAAGAUGACUAGAGAGGACUGGAGGAAGAAGAAGGAGCUAGAAGAACAGCGAAAACUGGGUAAUGCUCCUGCUGAAGUUGAUGAAGAAGGGAAAGACAUCAACCCUCAUAUUCCUCAGUAUAUCUCAUCAGUACCGUGGUAUAUUGAUCCAUCGAAAAGACCUACUUUAAAGCAUCAGAGACCACAGCCAGAGAAGCAGAAGCAAUUCAGUUCAUCUGGAGAAUGGUACAAGAGGGGUGUGAAAGAGAAUUCCAUAACUACGAAGUACCGCAAAGGAGCCUGUGAAAAUUGUGGGGCCAUGACACACAAAAAGAAAGACUGCUUUGAGAGACCCAGACGAGUUGGAGCCAAAUUUACAGGUACUAAUAUCGCUCCAGAUGAACAUAUCCAGCCUCAACUGAUGUUUGACUACGAUGGGAAGAGGGACCGAUGGAAUGGCUACAAUCCAGAAGAACACAUGAAAAUUGUAGAAGAGUAUGCCAAAGUUGAUCUGGCAAAACGAACAUUGAAAGCCCAAAAACUCCAGGAAGAACUGGCCUCAGGAAAAUUAGUAGAACAAGCUAAUUCUCCAAAACACCAGUGGGGAGAAGAAGAACCAAAUUCUCAGACGGAAAAAGAUCAUAAUAGUGAAGAUGAAGAUGAAGAUAAAUAUGCAGAUGACAUUGACAUGCCUGGGCAGAAUUUUGACUCUAAAAGACGAAUUACUGUUCGGAAUCUCAGAAUUCGAGAAGAUAUUGCAAAAUAUUUGAGAAAUUUAGAUCCAAAUUCUGCCUACUAUGAUCCAAAAACUAGAGCAAUGAGAGAGAAUCCUUAUGCCAAUGCAGGAAAGAAUCCAGAUGAAGUGAGCUAUGCAGGCGAUAACUUCGUUAGAUACACAGGAGAUACCAUUUCAAUGGCUCAGACACAGUUGUUUGCUUGGGAGGCAUAUGACAAAGGAUCCGAAGUGCAUCUGCAGGCAGAUCCCACAAAACUAGAACUGUUGUAUAAGUCCUUCAAAGUCAAAAAAGAAGACUUCAAAGAGCAGCAGAAAGAAAGCAUCCUGGAAAAGUAUGGUGGCCAAGAACACCUGGAUGCUCCCCCAGCUGAAUUGCUUUUAGCCCAAACUGAAGACUACGUGGAGUACUCAAGACAUGGAACAGUCAUCAAAGGACAGGAGCGGGCAGUUGCCUGCUCCAAGUAUGAGGAGGAUGUGAAGAUCAAUAAUCACACACAUAUCUGGGGAUCUUACUGGAAAGAAGGCCGAUGGGGAUACAAGUGCUGCCACUCUUUUUUCAAGUAUUCCUAUUGUACUGGAGAAGCUGGGAAGGAGACUGCCAAUUCCGAGGAAUGUAUUAUAAAUGAUACAGGUGGAGAAGAGUCUGCAAAAAAGCCACAAACUCUCAUGGAAAUGCAUCAGGAGAAAAUGAAAGAAGAGAAAAAGAAGAAAAAGAAAAAGAAGAAGAAGCAUCGCAAGAGCAGUUCAGAUAGUGAUGAUGAAGAAAAGAAACAUGAGAAAUUGAAAAAGGCACUCAAUGCAGAGGAAGCCCGCCUCCUUCAGGUCAAGGAGAUCAUGCAGAUCGAUGAGAGGAAGCGGCCUUACAAUAGCAUCUAUGAGACUCGAGAACCCACUGAAGAGGAAAUGGAGGCCUACAGAAUGAAACGUCAGAGGCCGGAUGACCCCAUGGCCUCUUUCCUUGGACAGCAGUAACUCGUCAGAGAAGGGUAUCAACACAGACAAAACAAAUAGGUUCUUUUCCAUUCUUGCUGGUAACUGCAUAGAAAAAUCCUAUCUCCUCUUGUUGCCUGACUUUGAUAAAGCUUUGAGAUAUCUCAAAGUAAAUUACUUCUUUUCCACACUGAAGAAAUGAAGAAAAAGAAGGGGUACAUUAAGUAUAGAUUAACAUUUUAAUUUCCCAAUUUUAUAUCAGUGAUACAAAAGAAACCUUGGUUCACUACCUGUCAACAGUGUCUCCUUGUCAACAUUUGAGCCUAAAAUUUCCUCAAUUUAUGUGGUACUUUAUCAAAUGCACUACUACACAUUUUGAAGGUAGAUUAGUUUCUCUUUCUGUAAGCCAUGGCUACAUUCUUUUAAACUAUUAGUACCUAUAAUUGUGGUUAUUAAAUGAUCAUUUGUUUCUGCCUUCUAAGGUUUUCCUUGUCUGAAGCUAAAAACGUUAUUCAACACUGGUCUUCAAGAACUGAAAGCAAAUCCAGAGAAAAUAUAAAUAACCUUAUCGCCUAUGUCAAUCUGUGAAUUUGGUUAUUACAUUUUGAUUUUUAAUGCAUUUCCUUGUAUAUCCAGAACUAAAUUUGUGGUGGUUUUAAUGGAAAAACAGUGCUUUUUCCUCAUCCUUCAGUCAGUAUUAACCAGUCAGUACUAGUUGUUUUAUCAUUCUGGACAUGAGAUUUUAGAUACAGAAAUCCUUCCUUUCUUUAUUUUUAAGACAUUUAUUUAUUUGAAAGGCAGAGUCACAGAGAGAGAGAGAGAGAGAGAAUAUCUUCCAUCGCUUGUUUACUUCCCAAAUGGCCACAUCAGCAGGAGCUGAGCUGAUCUGAAGCCAGGAGCUUCUUCCUGCCUCCCAUGUGGGUCCAGGGGCCCAAGCACUUGGGCCACCUUUCAUUGCUUUCCCAUGUGGGUUAGCAGGGAUCUGAAUCAGAAGUGGAGCAGCUGGGACACAAACUGAGAAAUCCAUUCUUAAUCAUACUUGUGUAGGACAUGGUUUGGGAUACAGAUUGUUGUUUUGUGAUUGCCUUUCUGUAACAAUCAUGAAUAUUAGAUUUUAAAAGAUUGUAGACCACCUGAUGUCUAAUAAUAUAUAUGCCUUAUACCUAAUACCUAAUAGGUACACUACCUAAUCUUCCCAGCCAGCAGGUAUCACUUUGUAAAAUUUGUAGAGAGCAAAACCUGAAGUUGGAGGUUUCUCCAAAGAAUUACAAGGAUGGCUUCCAGGGUUAUUAGUAACUACCAUGAUCCUGAAGCAGCUUCUGUGAACAUUGUGAAGAUAAUAGUGAUAAAGUGGGGUCAGUGAAAACAGCCUGUUAAAAAAAACCCUCACAUGAGUACCUUAAUUUUAAUCGUUUUCUAAGUUACCAAAAAUCAGUUGUAGGAUACUGCAUUGUCAGCAUCUCAGAAAUAGUGGUGGUAGGAGAGUAAGGGAGUCAAAUUAUCAAGCACUAUGGAUAAACGUGCUGUCUGUAUUAAGAGUGGUAUGAAAUUAAAAUAGCAAUGCAAAUUUCAUUUAAGAAUGUCAAAAAUUUGUUUUCCUAUUGCUACUUUAACACAGGAUGGUUCAAAUAAAGUCUGACAUUGGUAUCUACUAAAGAUAUAUAAUUAAGGAUA